AGUACAUAUUUUAGUUGUGAAAGCAGCGUAAAAUGACAUAAGCUUCUUUUGGGACAUAGUGCGGAUGACUGGCGGCGGCACUCAGAAAGAACCCUACUGAAAUUGGGAUCGGCAAAUGGCAAAAACGUAAUUUCGGUAUUCAAGUCGGUUUAUUUCGGUAAAUUUACCCCGUCCCCACACGCAUAGAGCAGAAUCCCGUAGUGCUCCAGCUAUAAAGACCCCGUACACCGCCCUAACUCCUCCCUCUCGACCCUUCACUGGACCGUCUUUUUGUUCCUCUCUCUUCUUAUCGACAUCCUUUUGUUAGAGAGAGAGAGAAAGCAAUAAAAAGACUAAUUUGCCAUCAUGUUGGUUUAUCAAGAUCUUAUCUCCGGUGAUGAGCUGCUCUCAGACUCAUUUCCCUACAAGGAACUCGAGAAUGGAGUUCUUUGGGAGGUUCAAGGGAAGUGGGUUGUUCAAGGUGCUGUUGAUGUAAACAUUGGGGCAAAUCCUUCUGCUGAGGGUUGCGAUGAAGAUGAAGGUGUGGAUGAUCAAGCUGUUAAGGUUGUUGAUAUUGUUGACACUUUUAGACUUCAGGAGCAACCUUCUUUUGACAAGAAGGGGUUUGUUGGAUACAUCAAGAAAUACAUCAAGAACCUGACACCCAAGCUAGAAGGAGAAGCACAAGAUUUAUUUAAAAAGAACAUUGAAUCAGCAACUAAGUUCCUCAUGUCAAGGCUCAAGGACCUUCAAUUCUUUCUUGGUGAGAGCAUGCAUGACGACGGUGCCCUGGUGUUUGCGUACUACAAGGAUGGCGCAACUGAUCCUACCUUUUUGUACAUUGCACCUGGCUUGAAGGAGGUCAAGUGCUAGUUGUCUGGUGGAGAGUGCUUAUGUUGGGAGUUUUGCAUUGGAGAUUUUGUUUCAUGUAGUUUUAAGGUCUGGUCCUUUUUGCUUAUUUAUGUCUGUUUUUCUGAGCUUUGGGUUAUUUGUAAUGGAUCUGUAUUAUUACUUUAUGACCUAGAAUAGCCUUGAGCUAUAUUGGCAUUUGUCUUUGGGACCAGAGCUACCGAAUGAAGAUCUAUUAUUUAA